AUGGGUCUUUCAACUGUUGUAAAUACAACUGAUCCGCUCAUGUCGCAUGAGGCUUAUGCACCGAAUAAUCCGACAAAUGGUUAUGAAUUCGACGAUGACGACGGAAUUGAUAAUGGCGCAUCUAUUACUGUUCGUUCUGCAACAAUGGCAAUCAUGAAAUUCGCAAUGUCUGUAAACCUGGACAAAAGUCAUACGGUGAAGCUACUGAAAUUAGUGAAAUCGAUAUUGCCUCACGCCAAUAUUUUAUCAACAUCGCAUCAUUCUGUUUUGAAAUUAUUUGGCCGGACGAGUGCCUUCACUUCGAAAUAUGUUUGCGACAAGUGUGGAAAUGAUAUUGGUGAAGGUAGUAGUAGCAUCAAGGGAUGUUUCAAUUCGAAUUGUCCUUAUUUUAAUCAAAAUCUGAUGAAUAAUCGAUUUACCGAAAUUGUUACCAUGGAUAAACAGGAAUUAACUCUUAUUCUUCACGUGGAUGGCGCGCCACUGGUUCGCAGCUCUCAGCAAAAUCUCUGGCCAUUGAUUGCCAAUAUCGUCGAAAUUCCUCCACCUUAUCAAUGUUGUUCUCUCUCAGCAAAAAACAUUAAUGGAACACGACAAUUAAUUUCAACGGGAAUUAUGCCUGCACGUGGUGCCAUUCACGCGUGUAAAGCUAGCACAAAGGAGCUAGCACGAACAAACGAUGUGUUAGCUAAAAGCUUUUCUACUAGGUAUGUCCCGUCCAUGAAAACUACACCAUUCGACUCAGAAUUUAAUUCUGCAUCGAAUGGUGGCACUUUUAUUCACCGGACAAACUUUGGAAAAAUUCUAUCUGAAUUAUAA